AAAAAUCAUAUCAAAAAUACAAAUGAAUUAAUAUUAAUGAAUUAGGUUUUCCCAUUUGCUCACGUUGACAACCAUGAGCAGGUUUUAUUUUUGGCUGUUAUGUGCUUCCGUUUAUUUUUUGGCCAGUCUUUCCCUGAUUCAUAGACACUUGCUCGUAUUCGCUCUACUAUAUACAUAAAAGUAUAACAGUUAAACAUAUAUAAAGCAAGGCCACAAUUUCCACUAUAAAGACCACAAAAUCAAUAGAAGUUCUGGAAAAAAAGUUUUGAUAAAUCAAAAACAACGAUUAUCUAAUCUGCGCGCAGUGAAAUAUCUGAAAAAACCCAGUGUGCCAGUCAGCUGUUGUCACACAUACAUCCAACUAUCGCGGUCGCCUGACGUUUGCUUCGAGUGUUCUCAUUUUCACUCUCAAGCUGGCGGUUGCGGGCGAAAAGGGCUCAGUUAGCUUUUCUACGAUGCUUAAAUUUUUGAUAACCUUUGGAGCCGGGGUUUACACGGGCAUCUACGUAUCCCAAAACUAUGAGGUCCCCCGUGUUGACGAUCCUCAGAAAUUGGUUCAGCGACUGAACGAGAAAGUAAAGGAACUGAUGGAGGACAGCAAGAAAAAAUCAGCCGCCGAGCAAAUUGUGCACGAUUUUAAAAAGGAAGCCAAAAAGAUUCUGGACGAUUAGUCGGAGCAAACAUUUUUUUAAACAAAACAAAUGUAUCUAUAAUAAAAUAAAGCCUUUAUAACUUUUUCGUCCUCUAA